GUUAGGUCCCUUGAUAAGAAAUUAUAGCUAGUAAAUAAAAAGUAAACACACUGAGAUAGAUAGGUAACAGAUUUUAAAUUAUUAAUUUUUGUAUUUACUAUUAUAGUUCUCGUAUUAUAUUUUAUAGUUUAACUAGUAAUAUAGUAUAUAAUAGUUUUAUAAUAACUUGUGGUGAACGGAUUUAAUCGACAUUUCAAUAGUAUUGUAAUUACAAUAUUAUUAUAUUCAUUUUCUUUUUAAUCAACUAGUGUAAACACUUGGAAAAUAUUAUCAAUAUUAUAAAUUAUAAUUAUAAUUUAAAUAUAAUUCAUCGUAACUUACUACUUAUUGCAAUUUAAACUGUUUAAAACUUCUCUAUAUUAUUCUGUACCUAUUUUACAAUUCAUAUAAAAUAUGAAAUUCGUUUUAUUUGAUUUCACAAAACUAAAAUCUAUCUGACCAAUUAUAUGAGCGCUGUGACGCUCAAUUAUUGUUUAUUUAUGAAUAUGAACUAAAUAGUAAACAUUAACGCAAUAUGGAUAGAAAAAAAUUGGUUGCUCUACAGCCGUUUGAAUUGCACAAAGAAUUAUUGGACAAGUAUCUAGAGUACUGCAAAUUCAUUGAUUUAAAAAAACGUGAAAAACGUGAUUUCGAUGUUAUACAGGAAAACCAUAAGUUUGUAUGGGAAGAAGACGACGAAGCUUCCACUUGGGAGCAGAAAUUGGCUAAGAAGUAUUAUGACAAGUUGUUCAAAGAAUAUUGCAUUUGUGACUUGAGUUUAUAUAAAAAGUCUAAGGUAGCAAUGCGUUGGCAAACUGAAGGUGAAUUGGUUAGUGGUAAAGGUCAGUUCAUUUGCGGCAAUAAAAUUUGUGAUGAAACAUCACAUCUACGGACAUGGGAAGUGAAUUUUAAUUAUAUGGAACACUCCGUAACAAAAAAUACUCUAGUCAAACUAAGGCUAUGUAUGGAUUGCUCCAAUAAAUUGAAUUAUAAACAUAAAAAGAAAGAAGUCAAACGUCAAAUUUCCAAAUCGAAAAAAGAUAAAUCAAAACAUUCUAACAGAGAUCGAGAAAAAUCCAUUAGUCGACCAACUACUAGCGUUCAGAGUGAAAUACCAGUAACUUCUAAACUAGCAGUUGAAGAUAAUGUUUGGAGUGAACAGCAACAAAUAGAUGAGGAAAAACCAAGAGAAGAUGAUUUUGAAAAUUACUUAGAACAACUGCUAUUUUAAAUAAAUUGUUAUAUUUUAUUGACUAUUUUCUAACCUAUAAUAUUUAACACUUUCUAUUAAAUUAUUCUAAACGAUAAUAACAAUAACAUGAUUGAAUAUAAAAGAAAAAGUUAUUUUCUAAACAAUAACAAUAAGUAAAAUAUUUAUUUCAGUGUUCUUCCUCGUGUAAAAAUAAAUUGUCUUUUGUGUGAGUGUCUCCUUGAUUCAUUA